UAUUUCUUAAAGAGUUAAAGAAUUCAUACAUUGUAUCUUUGGACUUUUAAUCAAUUACCUUUACUUUCCACUUGUCAAUUACUGAACAGAAAAGGGAUGCUUUGAAAUUUUGGAAUCAAAAAUAUUAACAAUAAUUAUUUGUCAAAAAUUCACUAAAGUUCAAAGUAUCACUAGUGAGAAAUAAUUUCCUGUUUUGAAUUGCAUCAAAAAUCUAACGCACUCAGUUAAAUAAUUCUAUAAAAAAUGGAGGAAGAAUAUGAUGCUAUCGUGCUAGGUACUGGCUUAAAAGAAUGUAUUUUAUCCGGUAUGCUGUCAGUGAGUGGAAAGAAAAUUUUGCACAUUGAUAGAAAUAAGUACUACGGUGGUGAAUCAGCUUCUAUUACACCUCUGGAAGAACUGUUCAGUAAAUUCAACGUUACAAUGCCUGCGAACCAAUAUGGAAAAGGACGAGAGUGGAACGUUGAUUUAAUACCAAAAUUUUUAAUGGCCAAUGGUUUACUAGUUAAAUUAUUGAUCCACACGGGGGUUACUCGCUAUUUAGAAUUCAAAUCAGUUGAAGGAUCAUAUGUUUAUAAAUCUGGAAAAAUAUCGAAAGUACCUAUUGAUCAACAAGAAGCAUUAACCAGUGAUCUUAUGGGCAUAUUUGAAAAACGUAGAUUUAAAAAUUUUUUAGUUUGGGUUCAAAAUAUGCAGGAAGAUGAUCCAAAAUCUUGGGACAACUUUGAUCCUUUUAAUAAUCCGAUGAGCUCAUUAUAUAGCAAAUUCAGCUUGGAUAAAAACACUCAAGAUUUCACUGGUCAUGCCCUGGCUCUACACCGGAAUGAUGAUUAUAUCUCUCAGAGUGCAAUCAUCACCAUAAGACGAAUAAAAUUAUACAGUGACAGCUUAGCUCGUUAUGGAAAAUCACCAUACUUAUAUCCGAUGUACGGUCUUGGGGAAUUACCUCAAGGUUUUGCUCGUUUGAGUGCUAUCUAUGGUGGUACAUACAUGUUAGAUAAACCAGUUGAUGAAAUUAUUAUGGAAGAUGGUAAAGUAACCGGUGUACGAUCUGGACAAGAAAUUGCUAAAUGCAAACAAGUAUUUUGUGAUCCAACAUAUGUUCCAAAUUUAGUAAAAAAAGUUGGGAAAGUAAUACGCUGCAUAUGCUUAUUAGAUCAUCCUAUUCCGAAUACUAACGCUGCUCUUUCAACACAAAUAAUAAUUCCUCAAAAACAAGUUAACCGAAAAUCAGAUAUUUAUGUUUCUGUAGUAUCGCAUACCCACCAAGUAGCUGCUAAAGGUUGGUUCAUAGCAAUGGUAUCAACAACAGUUGAAACGGAUAAUCCUGAGUUAGAAAUAAAACAUGGCUUAGAUUUACUUGGUCCUAUCAGCCAAAAGUUUGUCUACAUAUCAGAUUACUUGGAGCCAAUUGACAAUGGAUCUGAGAGUCAGAUAUUUAUUUCUUCCAGUUACGACGCGACGACUCACUUCGAGACUACUUGUCUCGAUGUUCUGAGCAUUUUCAAAAAAGCUACAGGAGAAGAAUUUGACUUCAAUAAAGUUAAGCAAGAAUUAGGAGACGAAGACAUACAAUAAAUGGUCGAAUUAUUUUGUUCCAUUUAAUUGUCAGAAUAAUUGAUAUUUAAAAUGAUGUUCAAAUACCAACUAUAUGUAUGUAUUUGAGAUUUUUUAUUAAUUGAAAUGAAUAAAAAAAAUUUCAUGUAUUCUACAAAUCAUAAGAAAUACCCAAUAAAACUAAAAGUGAAUUAAUAUUGAA